AUGAUGCUUAAGUUCCGGGGCAUUGACUUCGACGUCGUCGAAGCCAGCGACCAUGUCGGAGGGCGGUGUGCUACACACAGCUUUGUCGGAGUCGGCCCCGACUGCGCACAUGAUUAUUAUGACAUGGGUGCCAUGAGGAUCCCCAAAAUCGGCUCGAUGAAAUCGACACUCAAUCUAAUCAAGAGCCCGUCCCUGCUCAACAUUCCUGACAGUCUGGUUGAGUAUGUGUACACGGUUUACACGGUGGACUGCCAGGGUAAUCCGACUUACUAU